GGCGUCCGGGCGGAAAGGCCGUGCCCAGAACGUGCUGCGCUGGUUCACCACCGUGGUGCUGUGUGCCGCCUUCCUGGGGCUGGGACUGAGUGUUGCUAUCCUGGGACCCACCUUUCCAGAUUUGGCAAGGAAUGUGAACCGAAACAUCAGCAGUCUGUCUUUCAUUUUCGUGGGCCGUGCCUCGGGAUAUUUGUGUGGCUCUAUGAUCGGAGGAGUUCUUUUUGGGUGUAUAAAUCAUUUUUUACUUUUGGGGGUGUCGCUUUCUGCUACCACCGUUGGUCUUUAUCUUACUCCAUUCUGCAGGACAGCAGUCUUACUGGUUGUCAUGAUGUCUGUCUUUGGUAUUUCAAUGGGCAUUCUGGAUACAGGUGGGAACGUCCUCAUCUUGAAUCUUUGGGGAGACAAAGGAGCCCCACACAUGCAGGCCUUGCACUUCAGUUUCGCCUUGGGUGCCUUCCUGGCUCCCCUGCUGGCUAAACUGGCCUGGGGUACGACAGCAUCCGCUCAGAACCACACAGAGCCUGGCUUUGACCCGCUAAUGCUGAACCGAUCCUCUGGAGCCACCUCAGACUCUCUGUUUGCGGCGCCUGAGGACAUGACCCUGCUGUGGACCUACGCUUCCGUGGGCACCUAUGUCUUAGUAGUCUCUGUCUUCCUGUUUGGUCUGUUUUGUAAGAAAAGCUCAAAGCAGGAAAAAGCCACAGCAUCUGCUCAGGAAGCUCGAAGAGCUAAAUAUCACAGGGCCCUGCUCUGUCUCCUCUUCCUCUUCUUCUUCUUCUACGUUGGAGCCGAGGUGACCUACGGCUCUUAUGUUUUCUCCUUCGCCACCACCCAUGUUGGCAUGGAAGAAAGUGAAGCAGCCGGCUUGAACUCCGUCUUCUGGGGAACCUUUGCAGCCUGCAGGGGCCUGUCCAUCUUCUUUGCGACAUUCUUGCAGCCUGGGACCAUGAUUGUGUUGUGCAACAUUGGCAGCCUGACCUCAUCUCUGUUUCUGGUCCUUUUUGACAAGAGCCCUCUUUGUCUCUGGAUCGCAACGUCUGUGUACGGAGCCUCGAUGGCAGCCACAUUUCCCAGUGGCAUUUCCUGGAUCGAGCAGUACACCACCUUAACUGGGAAAUCCGCAGCAUUCUUUGUCAUUGGUGCCGCCCUGGGAGAAAUGGCGAUUCCUGCAGUAAUCGGAAUUCUUCAGGGACACUACCCCGAUCUGCCUGUUGUUCUGUACACGGGGCUGGGGUCAGCCAUCUUCACUGCGGUUUUGUUUCCUGUGAUGUAUAAAUUAGCCACCUUACCCCUGGGUCACCAGCCAAGAGGAAGAAAGAGUGAGGACCAAAGAGCUUUGCUUUCCAGCUCCGAGCUCAAUGACUGUGAAGAAGAGAAUGAGGAGGAAGAUGCAGAGAAAUGGAACGAAAUGGAUUUUGAAGUGGUUGAAAUGAGUGACCCAGUGCAGGGGUCUGGAAGGGACACAUCUAGAGAAGCCCCGACGGAGCCCACCCCUGAGGUCUCCGAUCAGUUCCUCUCAAAUGCAUACUUUUCAGUCAAUAGUAGCAACUCUCUCAGGAAUCACCAGGACAAAAGGGACUGACCGUCAGGAGAUGAAUUACUGAAUGACUUCAUUGAGUCAUCAGCCACUCCUGAAGGCACCACUCAGAGCAGAGCUCUGGCAGACUUUCAGCACGCUUUGGCAAUUGGAAUUUGUGGGUGUCUACAGCAAGCGUUGAAACUGAAGUGUUCUAGAAUUCUCAGAGUCUUCUGUAAACUGCCGAUUGUUCUUGUGCCGUGAGUUCUUGUUCUGAGACAGUUUUAUGGUCUCCACCUUUCGGAAGGCAUCUUCGUGUAAAGAGCUGGGUAGUGUGCUGGACGUCCACACUGCCGACCAGUGGAGCUGCUUGGCUGAGCAAAUGAUCGUAUGUCCGUCUUCGGCCGGGGGCUUGUGGAGAGGAGCCACGUGAAAGAGCCAGCGUUGGAAAUGGAAAGAUGUUUUUCUUAGUUUUCCCCUCUGUGUAGGGUCGUGCUGAAAAAUACUGCCGACUGUUUUCUUCCUUUUGUGAGAACACAGGAGGCCAUCAUUUCUAGAUCAAUUUCUAGCUUCCUCCCUGACUUCAUUUGGUCUCCCGGGAUUCUAGAAAUGCAAAUGAGAUUAUUUCCAAAUUGUAGGGUUUGGGUUUGUUUUGUUUCUUGAGUCUUACUUCAUAGUCCAGGCUGGCCUGGAAUUUAUUAAGUAGCCCAGGUUGGCCUCUUGACUCAACAUCGUGUGUCUGUCUCCUAAAUUUUAUGCUAGAGGUGUGUGCCACCAUACAUGGUGGAACGUGUACGUUUUAAAGCUGUAUAAUCUUUUUGCCAAAACAGCCCGUGAACUUCCAAUGUAAGGUAAAGCAGAAGUGAUGGGUAGCCCCCCGAAUGGGCUACAGCUCGUGGAGUCCUGCAGUUUAUCGAGCAGCUGAGCAGUGCCACUGCAUUCAUUCAUCAUCUACAACACACCGCCACUGCAUUCAUUCAUCUACAACACGCCGCCACUGCAUUCAUUCAUAUCUACAACACGCCGCCACUGCAUUCGUUCAUCAUCUACAACACGCCGCCACUGCAUUCAUUCAUAUCUACAACACGCCGCCACUGCAUUCAUUCAUAUCUACAACACGCCACCACUGCAUUUGUUCAUCUACAACACGCCACCACUGCAUUUGUUCAUCUACAACACGCCGCCACUGCAUUCAUUCAUCUACAGCACGCCGCCACUGCAUUCGUUCAUCUACAGCACGCCGCCACUGCAUUCGUUCAUCUACAACACGCCCCUUUCCCUCCUUACACUCAAGGGGCGUCCUUCAGGUAUUCUAGAAAAUUCUAGUCUUGUUUCCACGCUGUAUCCCAGUCACUGUAUCAUGUUUGUGUGGUACAGCAGCUCACUGCAUCUCAGAGAUGAUGGUAUAUUUUUGUGGACACUUUAAAAGAGAUUGGUUAUUUUUGUAUACGAGUCUGUAUCCUGUUCAGAGAGGAUCUAGAGACAUUCUGUUGAUUGUAUGUAAUGGGUGUUGUUUGCUCUUACUUUUUUUCUAGUGCUUGUGACUGAGCACAGGGCCUUGCACUUGCUGAGCAAGUACUCGGCUACUGAACUAAGUUCCCAGUGUCUUAUGUUUCAAUUACAGAAGCUGCUUUAGAGUUACUCCGUCAGCAGUAACAGUGUGGCCGGGUCCUUUGCUGCCCGUAGUCUGCCUCAGAGACAAGCUGGGUCUGGGCCUUGAUGUUUUAGGACAUGACUCUCACUGCGUUGGGGUAUUAACCACAUAUGGACGGUAAGCCAGGCCAAAAGUGUAGUUUACAAACGAGGCACCAUCAUUUUGGUGAUGGAGAACCCCCCUCCAGGACUACUCCUUGAGUUUGAAGUACUUGGAAACCAAAAUAAGGAGGAGGAGAUAGUGUGAUGGCCUAGGAAGUCAGGGAUGAGGGAUGCUACUUCACAGAUGUGACAGAACCAGCCUGGGCCAUCCUUUGCUAAAUGACUUAGAACUCUUCUCAAGUUUUAUGCUGAGUGACAAUGACUGGCUACCGGGCUGCGAUGCAUUUGCUGUCUCUUGCCAGAUUUUAAGAAUUUGCUUUUUGUAAAAGAAAAAAAAAAAGUGCUUUGUUUUUUUCUUAAGUGAAAUGUAACACUUUAAAAAAAGAUUA